GAGUAGGCCAAACCCAGAAAUCCAAGAAGAGAAAGAUUACGCAAAAAGGGAAAAAGUGGAAAUCUUUGAAAAAUUCCCCGGUUUUUUAUUUUCACACUCAAAGUGGAAAUUACAGAAGAUCAAAAUGCUUUCUUCGUCACAUCUGGCCCAUUUUGUAAUCACCCUUUUUGUUCUUUAAGAUCAAAAAUGUAAAUUUAAUUACUUGUUUAUGCAUGUUUGGUAUUUAUACGAAAGAAUAGAUUUUUAAAGAAGGCAUCUAAGCAUUUAGAAAUCCGAAGUACUGCAAGUCAAACACAGGGGGAAACUGGGAAAGAGAGAGAGAGAGAAAGAGAGAUCCAAGUCAAUGUUAGUUCAAUUCCUUUGGGCAAAAGAGAAAAUUUUCCAGAUUUUCCUUGUUUUUCACUAUAUGGAGGUGUAAUAUGGGACAAAUAUGUAUAUAUAUGACAACAUAGAAUCAUAGAUAAUCUGUAUAUUAACAGGCUUCUUGUAUCCGCCCUCUCUCUCUCUCUCUCUGUCUCUCUCUGCAUCUCUCUUUGACCAAGUCUUGAGCUAAGAAUUGAACCCUUUGGUCUCUUAAGUGUUAAUAUGCAGCAAAGAUGGAAGCUUUCGGUGUUUUUGAGGUGGAUUGACCACGUUGGAAUUGUGGGUACCAAGUAAUGUGGCUUUGUCUCUAUUUGGAAGACCAAGACCCCCCCUUUCUACACUCUCAUCCAACCCAAUACCUAUCCCUUACCAUCCCCUCACACAAACACAAAAACUUUAUAUAUAUAUAUAUAUAUAUAUAUAUAUUUUUGGGUGAAGUUCUUCAGUCCUUUGUUCUUGACAUCAUUUUUUGAACCCUUUUUAGAGAGCUUUGAGCUCUUGGUAUUGGAGAAAAUUGGGUUUUCUCUUGAAUAAACUACAUUUACAGUGAUUUUUUGGAUUGGGAUUGGGAUUGGGAUAGAAAGAAAGUGGAGAAAAUGGGGACAGGGAGGAGGAAGAAGCUGCAUUUCAGCAAGAUCUACUCAUUCAGAUGUGGGAUGUCAGCAUUCAGCAAGGAGGAGCAAUCCCAGAUAGGUGGGCCAGGGUUUUCAAGGGUGGUAUAUUGCAAUGAGACAGAGGUUUUUGAGGGUGAAGAAAUCAAGAACAACUAUUCUGGGAAUUAUGUUAGGACUACAAAGUACACUGCUGCAACUUUCUUGCCCAAAUCCUUGUUUGAGCAGUUCAGAAGAGUGGCCAACUUCUACUUCUUGGUUGUUGGCAUCUUGUCCUUCACUCCCCUGGCUCCUUUCCGGGCUUCCACUGCCAUUAUUCCUCUUAUCUUUGUCAUUGGAGCAUCCAUGGUCAAAGAAGCUAUAGAAGAUUGGCAUAGAAAACAACAGGAUAUUGAGAUGAACAAUAGAAAGGUUAAUGUGCAUCAAAGUAAUGGAGUGUUCAAGCAAACUGAAUGGAAAAAUUUGAGAGUAGGUGACAUAGUUAAGGUGCAGAAAGAUGACUUUUUCCCAGCUGACCUUCUUUUGCUUUCGUCGAGCUAUGAUGAUGCGGUCUGCUAUGUUGAGACCAUGAAUCUCGACGGUGAGACUAAUCUCAAGUGUAAACAAGCAUUGGAGGUCACUUCUUCAUCCUUGCACGACGAUUCUCAGUUCCAAGGUUUUAAGGCGACGGUUAAGUGUGAAGAUCCUAAUGCCAAUUUGUAUACUUUUGUUGGGAGUUUGGAGUGUGAAGGAAAACAGCAUCCUCUUUCACCUCAACAUUUGCUUUUGAGAGACUCGAAGUUACGAAACACGGAGUAUGUGUAUGGGGCUGUUAUCUUCACUGGUCAUGACACAAAGGUUAUGCAGAAUUCAACCGAGCCCCCUUCAAAGAGGAGCAGAAUCGAGAGGAAAAUGGAUAAUAUCGUCUACUUUUUAUUUGGCGUCCUGUUCGUUUUUGGCUUUGUUGGAUCGGUCUACUUUGGGGUUGUAACUAAGGAGGAUUUGGAUGGUGAAAAGAUGAAGAUGAAAAGAUGGUAUUUGAGACCGGACAAUUCUGAGAUUUUCUUCGAUCCUAAUCGGGCUGCAGCUGCUGCUGUUUAUCACUUCCUGACUGCUCUGCUUCUGUUUAGCAACUUGAUCCCGAUUUCCUUGUAUGUAUCUAUCGAAAUCACCAAAGUUCUUCAGAGUACCUUCAUCAAUCAAGACAUUCAUAUGUACUAUGAAGAAACUGACAAGCCAGCAAAUGCCCGAACCUCGAAUUUGACAGAGGAGCUUGGUCAGGUCGAGACGAUACUUUCUGACAAGACUGGCACGUUGACUUGCAACUCGAUGGAGUUCGUUAAGUGCUCGGUGGGGGGUGUGGCUUAUGGCCAUGGUAUCACAGAAGUCGAAAGGGCAAUGGCUAAAAGAAAAGGGGCACAUUGUGGAGAGAUUAUUGUGGCGAAAACACAUGUGAAAGGCUUUAACUUUAGCGAUGAACGGAUCAUGAACGGGAAUUGGAUAACCGAGCCUCGAUCGGGCGUGAUACAAAGAUUCUUUCGUUUACUGGCAGUUUGUCACACUGUCAUACCCGACGUGGAUGAUGCUACUGGCAAAGUUUCAUACGAAGCCGAGUCUCCAGAUGAGGCUGCUUUCGUGAUUGCAGCACGAGAGAUCGGGUUUGAAUUCUCUAAGAGAACUCAAACAAGUGUCUCGGUGAACGAAUUGGAUCUCGAAUCUGGCAAAAGAGUUGAAAGGGUGUAUAAGCUUUUGGAUGUUCUGGAAUUCAACAGCACGAGAAAAAGGAUGUCCGUGAUCGUGAGAGAUGAAGAUGGAAAGAUUCUACUACUUUGCAAAGGCGCUGACAGUGUUAUGUUCGAAAGGCUCGCGAUGAAUGGUAGGGAGUUUGAAGAGGAAACGAGGGAACACGUGAACGAGUACGCUGAUGCAGGCUUGAGGACGUUGAUUCUCGCUUAUCGUGAGCUCAGUGAGGAAGAAUACGAGGUGUUCAAUAAAAAGUUUUCGGAGGCGAAGAAUCUAGUCAGUGCAGAACGAGAUUCGAGGAUGAAUGAAGUAACAGAGAAGAUCGAAAAGGGCUUAACUCUUCUCGGUGCUACUGCUGUCGAGGACAAACUCCAACAAGGGGUUCCCGAUUGCAUUGAUAAACUCGCCCAAGCAGGCAUAAAGAUAUGGGUUUUGACAGGUGACAAGAUGGAAACUGCAAUAAAUAUUGGUUAUGCCUGUAGUUUGCUUAGACAAGGAAUGGAGCAGAUCAUCGUAAACUUGGAUACCCCCGAAAUCAUAGCACUCGAGAAAAGUGGAGACAAAGAUGCAAUUGCUAAGGCCUCGAAGAAAAAUGUUCUCAAGCAAAUCAACGAUGCGAAGGCUCAGGUUACUUCUUCCAGCACCGAGGCGUUUGCCUUGAUCAUUGAUGGAAAAUCUCUUACAUAUGCAUUGAAGGACGAUGUAAAGAACUUAUUCCUCGAUGUUGCAAUUAGGUGCGCUUCUGUUAUAUGCUGCCGCUCAUCGCCAAAGCAGAAGGCUUUGGUAACGAGGCUUGUUAAAACGGGGACUGGAAAAACAACAUUGGCAAUUGGUGACGGGGCGAAUGAUGUUGGAAUGCUUCAAGAAGCCGAUAUUGGAAUUGGAAUCAGUGGCGUUGAAGGCAUGCAGGCUGUCAUGUCAAGCGAUGUUGCAAUUGCUCAGUUCCAAUAUUUGGAACGGUUGCUUUUAGUGCACGGCCAUUGGUGUUACAGAAGAAUCGCUACAAUGAUAUGCUAUUUCUUCUACAAAAAUAUCACCUUCGGUUUCACUUUAUUCUUGUAUGAGAUAUACACAUCGUUUUCUGGGCAACCAGCAUACAACGAUUGGUUCCUCGGACUUUACAACGUCUUCUUCACAUCACUCCCGGUGCUUGCUUUGGGCGUUUUUGAUCAGGAUGUGUCUGCUCGUUUUUGCCUUAAGUUCCCUUUACUUUAUCAAGAAGGCAUUGAGAACGUCCUUUUCAACUGGCGUCGUAUAAUUGGAUGGAUGCUGAAUGGGGUUUGCAGUGCUCUUAUCAUAUUCUUCAUCUGCACAACCGUUCUCGACCCCCAGGCCUACAUGGAGGACGGGAAAAUCGCGGGAUAUGCAAUAGUAGGGGCGACUAUGUACACUUGUGUAGUUUGGGUUGUGAACUGCCAAAUGGCCCUUGCCAUAAGCUACUUCACCUUAAUCCAACACCUCUUCAUCUGGGGUGGGAUAGCCCUAUGGUACAUUUUCCUGCUCAUAUAUGGAGCACUACCUGCACAAUAUUCCACUAACGCUUAUCGUGUAUUCCUGGAGGCCCUCGCCCCCGCCCCGUCCUACUGGAUCGCCACCCUCUUCGUGGUGGUUACCGCCCUCGUUCCUUACUUUGCAUACAACGCGGUUCAGAUGCGCGUUUUCCCAACGUACCAUGAAAUGAUUCAGUGGAUUCGCUAUGAGGGGAAGCUGGAGGACCCCGAGUACUGUGACAUGAUUCGACAGAGGUCUAUCAGGCACACAACCGUCGGGUUCACUGCUCGCUCCAUGGCGAGGUCGGGUGAACAUCUGCAGCUUCACUCUUUAUCUUGUUUGAGUGAGCAAACAGAAUGUGCAUCCAAAACAUUACAGGCUAAACUGGAGCUCUGCUCAUUUGUAGAUAGCUGAUCAUGUAAGUAGAUAUAUACAUACAUAGAGAUUACAGUGCCAAGAGGUAUAAAUUUGUUUAUUCAAA